UUUGUUUAGUCUUCACAGUUUCCUGUCUUGCGCAGUGGUGAGACGCGAACAUGGCAGCACCGGAGAAGUCCACAAAAGAGCGGCUUUUAUCCACUUUGGACGACUUAGAGGUGUUAUCCAGAGAACUGAUCGAGAUGUUGGCCCUCUCGCGGAGUCAGAAAGCCCCACAGCCCGGCGAAGAUACUCAGGUGCUGGAGCUGCUGGUCCAGAGGGACCGUGAGUUCCAGCAGCUGAUGCAGCAGGCCGUGGAGCAGGGCAGACGGCAGCAGGAGAUGCUCAGCCUGGACAAGGAGCUGGACAAGAGGGACUCAGACAUCCAGCAGCUCCAGAAGCAGCUCAAGGAGGCCGAACACAUCCUGGCCACUGCGGUGUACCAGGCCAAAGAGAAGCUGAAGUCCAUAGAAAAGGCUCGCAAAGGGAGUAUCUCUUCUGAGGAGAUCAUCAAAUAUGCCCACAGGAUCAGCGCCAGCAACGCCGUCUGUGCCCCCCUCAACUGGGUACCAGGUACACUCUAUUACCCCUCCACUCCACUCUAUUACCCCUUUACUCUACUGUUACCCCUCCACUCCACUCUUUGGGAGAUGCGGCGAAUGUUAGGUCACAUGAGCCUGCCGUGUGGCGUUAAUGGACACCUGCCCGGAGACGCACUGGCGGCAGGGAGACUUCCAGACAUUCAGCUCCUCAAUUGCCUGGCGGUCUGGCGUCCAUGGGGAUGCUCCCCUCACCAUGGCAGCGGGUUUUGGCGGACACAACAAAACGAGGGCGGCGUAAAGUCAUAA